AUGACGGCAUACCGCUAUGGCGCAAAGGCAUCCAGGACCGGUUUCUCAAGUUUGUCUUUGAAGACCAGACUUGGGUAUUUACUCGACAAAAAUCGUAAUGAGUUGGCUAAUAUUAUGGAGGAGAUCCAUUGGGAAAUAGUUGGGUUGGAAGAACUCAACUAUUUCUCCAACCACGUAUCACAACCCGCCCACUACGCUUCAAAGUUCAUUAUCGAGGAUGAAAUCACCCAGAACGAACUUGAAGCUGCGUGUAAAGACUGA